UGAAACAAGUGGAAAUAGUGCAAAAGAUCUUUUAUGGUUCUGAUUUUGAUAUAUUUUAAUUUCUAAAUUCCUAUACAGAUAAUAAAUUGUACUUGUGCAAAAGCAAAUGUCCAAAAUGAAAACUAAAAGCAAGAAGGUUAUUGCACCGAUCAAAAUUAAAGAAGAAAAAACUGCUAAUAAUGAGUUAAAAGAACUAAGUUUCUAUGUGGAUGACCGAGUAGCACUAAUGCAACAAGUUUUUAUGACUAUUAAACCUAAAAAAUUAAAAUCGAUGGCUCCUGACUGUUUAAAGGACUUAGAAAUAGCGCAAAUAAAAGAAUUAUGCUUAGAUGAAGUUUUGGGAAUAUCUACAAAACGAUUGAAGUCUAUAAUACAAGGUACAAAAUGUCCAUCGGAUACAAACAGUGAUUCAGAUGUCGGUGAAAUAAUUGAACACAUUUCUCUGGAUGAAAUAUCUUCUGAUGAUUCAGUCACAUUUAUGUCGGAUGAAGAGAAAAAUAAAAAAAAUAAACCAGCAAACAAAGAAAUGACAGUUUUAGAAUUAGUUGAAUUACAAGCUCGGGCUCGUGCAAUACGAUCUCAAUUGGCUUUAGAACCUAUUAAAAAAGAAGUUGAGGAUUCCGAAGAUGAGUACAAUGAUGUUAAUGCAAAGACGAAUAGUAAAAGACAUGCACCCAAAGAACGAGUAACCCAAACUGAAAAAAAUGAUGAUGCGCAACCUGGUCCUUCCACAAAACCAAAUCGAAAUUACAGGACCAAAAAUAAUCACGAAAUCCUUAACCAACAUCCUAAAUCACCCGUCAACAAUAUUACUUCUAAUAGUAAUAUUCCCAUAGAAAACGAAGAACGUGUCAGAACAUCAGGCUCUGAAAAAUCGGUGCACGGAUGUAGACGUUCUAGAAAAAAGAAAAAAAGUCACUCGAAACGAACUUUAUCAAACGAUAAUAGAACCAGACAGAUCGAGCCGAGCAGUAAACAAAGUUUGAAAGUCAACGUAUCUUUUAAUGAACAAGUUGACAAGGAUGAUGAUGAAAUUAAUUUGUAUGUGAGUGAUACUGAGAAGCAGGAGCUGCUCAGUGAUGCUGUAACUAAUAGAAGGACAUCAAAGAACUCGGAAAGUGAUAUUUCAAUAGUCGAUUUGAAUAAUUCACCAUUGAUUAUAUCGAGUGAGAAUGAAAAUGAUUUCAAGGAUGAUAGGGAAGAUGGUGAGUUGGAUUUGGAGGAACCAACGUUAGACAUCAAGAAAGAAUUGAUCGACGACGAUGGUAAUAAGGAUAAAAAAAUUAUUACCAAAAACGUCGAUUCCCAAUCCAAUGAUGAUUUAUCUUCCGACGAGGAAGCUUUGGAAGAAAAUACAGACUGGAAAGCCCGAUGGAUAAAUAGCGAUAAAGUCAAAAAAGUUCUGGUAACAAGCAAAUUAUGCAGUAGCAUCAAGAAAAAACAAAAGUCUUCACAAAGUGCAAAAAAUGAUACAAAUACAAAUGAUACUACAGCUCCAUCUGUGGUUGAAGAAUCUCAACCCGGGCCAGAACGUGUUGAAAUCACUGGAUCCAUUGAAGAAUUUGAAAAGUUGACUUGUAUUAAUAAGGAGAACAAAAAUGUAGAUGCCGAGGUUGAUGGUAAAAAGAAAGCAGAGGAUCAAACACAAUCUAGUACGUAA